UACAGAGUUCCCUUACAUUUUGAAAGCUCCCAAAAGUUUUCUUUUAAAAUAUUAUUAUUUCUUGAGUAAAUGUUCUGGAAUAAAUAAUAUAGUCAGUGGAUUUGUGCUUUGGACAUGUUGCUGCAUCAAAUGGCUUGUUAUAAAGCCCAGGCAACUUUUCUGGAUUUUGUGGAACUACGUGUCCCAGCAGGCAUAGCCAGGAGACCGUCGGCAGAGUAGUUUUGAUGUAUUACUGUCUGCAGUAUCUUCACUGAGGAUUGUUGAGCAGCUCUGAAUGCAGAAUGAUGGAGGUCACCCAGGAGAGUCCUUUGAUGCUGGCAUACACCUUACAGGAAUUAUUGGGUCAUGAUACAGUGCAGGUAGAACUCAUCCCAGAGAAGAAAGGCUUGUUCCUCAAACAUGUGGAGUAUGAGGUUUCCAGCCAGUUCUUUAAGUCUUCUGUGUACAGAAGAUACAAUGAUUUUGUCAUGUUCCAAGAGAUGUUGUUGCAGAAGUAUCCCUACCGUAUGGUCCCAGCACUACCGCCAAAGAGAAUGCUUGGAGCUGACCGCGAGUUUAUAGAAUCUCGCAGACGGGCGCUGAAGAGGUUUAUCAAUCUGGUGUCUAGGCACCCUUCUUUCUGGGAUGACGUGCUUGUGAAUAUGUUCCUGUCGUAUAACGGCCAGGAUAUACAGAAUAAAAUGCGUGACUCUAUCCGUGGGGUAGGAGAUGAAUACAUAACGUCUAAUCUUGCAGCACAAGCCAAGGAUUUCCUCCCAGCUGAUAUCCAAGUCCAGUUUGCAGCCAGCAGAGAGUUGAUCAGGAACAUCUUCAACAGCUUUUACAAGCUGCGGGAUCGCGCGGAGAGGAUGGCUGCACGAGCCAUCGAUAAUGCCACCGAUCUUCUAGGCUUCGGCAAGGAACUAAGUGCCUUGGGUUCCGACUCUACUCCACUUCCCUCUUGGGCUUCACGCACUCACAGCUCAUGGGGUGCGUUGAAACAGGCACUUAAGGGGCUCUCUGUUGAGUUUGCCCUGCUCGCUGACAAAGCUGCACAGCAGGGUAGACUUGAAGAAAUUGAUGUUGUAGAAAAGUUAAAUCUUUUCUUGGACCUCCUUCAGUCAUAUAAAGACCUUUGUGAGCGUCAUGAGAAAGGGGUACUGCACAAGCACCAGAAAGCCUUACACAAGUACAGUCUUAUGAAGAAGCAAAUGAUGAGUGCCACCGUACAGAAUAAGGAGACAGAGUCGGUGGAGCAGCUGGAGUCUCGCAUUGUUGAGCAAGAAAAUGCGAUCAUCGUCAUGGAGCUGAGGAAUUACUUCUCCUUGUUUUGUUUGCACCAAGAAACACAACUUAUACAUAUCUACCUACCCCUCACCUCCCACAUUCUUGGGGCAUUUGUGAAUUCACAGAUCCAGGGACACAAAGAGAUGAACCAAGUCUGGAAUGAUCUGAAGCCAAAGCUGAAUUGUCUGUUUGUGGGUUCCUCCAGCCUGUCCACUCCACCUCUGUCUCCAGAGGAACGACACUUUUUCUCCCGCUAGUAUUGAUUUCAGUGAGAUGCAAAUAGAGCAGACUGUGUGGCCUUGGACACUUCUUCUGGAUUGCUAAAGUCAAUUGGCUUUGGAAUAACCAUUUUUGUUAUGGGAAAAACUGCAUAUAAUGUAGACUUGAUUUCUAAGUGCCUCCAUCGCUCACACACUGGAAGAGCUGAACUGAUACUAAUGUUAAUGACUCCUAUUAAUUUACUAAGAACCAUUGACAUCACUGAGCCAUGAAGUGGAACCAACCUUGUCUUCAUGAUGUCAUUGGUUUCUAAGUAUCAUUAAUAUCCUACCAAACUCCACUGUGUAGUUGACGGGAGCACUAGGACGUUUGCAUGUCUGCCUUUGUUACAGUGUUAUAAAUGUGACCAAAAGUCAUUUACAUAAGUUGGUUUAUUAUGCUGCUUUUGAUAUUACAGACAUAAGUAUGUUAGAUAAUGCUGCUCCUCUUAUUGUCUGGAGGGAAACCAUAAUGAAACAAAAGGACAAGUCUUAGGCAAAAUCCAAUAUAAAACAACACUCUCAAAACUGGAACUCCAUAUGUUUUGGGGGAGAAGUACUGAGCCUUGGAGAGAGAUAAAGUGGAGAUAGAUAAAGUACCAGCCAAUCAGCUUGUAACUGUCAUGUUACAGGGUGUGUUAGAAAAAUGACGAGCUGAUUGGUUGGCACUUUAUCUCUAAGGCUUAGUACACAGGUUCUCAAACUCGGUCCUCAGGACCCCACACAGUUCAUGUUUCGCAGGUCACCUGUUGAUUUUUAAAAUGUGACAGUUGGUGAUUCACAGUGCACCUGCUGGGUGACAUGGAAAACGUGAACCGUGUGGGGUCCUGAGGACCGAGUUUGAGAACCAUUGGCUUAGUACAUCUGCCCCUUUUAUAUAAAAAACAUAAUAGAACGAUCACAAAUCUAUCUGCAAAUGUUUCAGAGAUGAGAAACAGACGUUUUUCCUGUCUAUAGACUGUUUGCAGAAAGGAGCCAUGUGAAGCCUUUAAUGGCUCAUUAUACUGUAGUUUUCUAUCUUAACUAUUUUGUAUGGUGGGGAAAUGUUUCCAUAGAUUUGUGCAUGUUACAGAUGUCUUUAUAUUGGACAAACUAGUUUAGAUUUAGAGCCAUAUUACUGUGGUUUUCUGAACUCAAUCCGUAUCAGAGAAACUGCUUCUUACAUAGUAAAGAUAGACCCUCUUGUACCGGACAUAUGUAUUCCUUAUACUGGAAAUAUGGACACAUGGAAGAUGCAUUUGUGCUUACCAUGCGCUUAUUGAUAUCGUAAUGAUGGAAGACUCACUACUUACAUGCGUGCACUACUACGUCUAAUGCCUUACUGUAUAGUAUUUCUUCUUUUGCUUUAUGGAUUCUGAACACGAAGCAUCUGUGACAGUGGUAGUAACUGUUUGCCUGGUCAUCACUUGUGGUCCUCAAACAGGCUAGCUGCGGCCCAACUGAGCAAAAGUGAUUUCCCCCUGAUCUUUCCUCAUGAGUACUCUUAGGUUAGUCUGUCACCACUGGUGUCUUCUCUCCAGCUUGAUCAGCCACAGGGUAACUCUCCAUUGCUAGUGAUCCUAUUGCAUAAUGCCGUUUGCACAAUUGUAUUGUGCUGCCCCCUGGUGGGUGGUGGGACCAGGAAAAUACCAGUUUUUGGCCAUCGCUCACUUUGGGCAAGUUAUAUUACCAGUGGUGUUUGUGUAUUUCAAAAAGGCACCAAGGAACUCGGGGGCAGAUGUAGUAAGCCUGGAGAAGGCAUAAAGAGGUGAUCAGUGCAAGGUGAUAAUGCACCAGCCAAUCAGCUCAUAACUGUCAAUUUACAUAUUGGAGUUGAUUGGCUGGUGCGUUAUCACCUUGCACUUAUCACCUCUUUAUCACUUUUUUUAUGCCUUCUCCAGGCUUACUACAUCUACCCCAUAGACCACUAUACAUCUCCUAUAUACCCAAGUCUUUAUUCUAAUUUGUACUGUGGUGGUCCUUCUUCAGGUUUUGUCAAAGCCCUCCACCAUAGCAACAGCCAUAGAGAUGUCACAGGUUUCUAGUGAUCUCCUAGUAUGCAUUCCCAUCAAUGCAUUUGGGUGAACUGGAGCUUCCACUGUGUGUAUACCAUUUGCUUAUGUUUCCCUUUAAUGCGGCUCUGUUGCUUUAUAGAGCGGAUGUACAGUAUUUGCAGCGGCUUGCUCUCAGUAUUCCCCAGUUUGAUGGUUGUCUCAUCCACCGUCAACAGCCAGAAGCCAGGACCUGCGCAAUGAGUGAAAAAUGCUUUAUUAAAUCCUCUUUCAAGGGAUGCUUGGAGUUGUCACAGGUCACCUUACCCUUUAGUAUUCUAUGCAGCCAAAGCACUUUAUUUCUGUGCUAAAAUACUGUGCUGUCAUUUAAUUCCUGAUACAGCCUUUUCAAUUAUGCGGUAUUGCUUCAGAGAACUGAUUGCACUAUUAGGAUAGUUCCAGCAGUUGGAUAUUCUAGAAGUAAUCAUGCAACAGUUGCAAAAUAGGAAGCAGCUUUAAUGCUGGAAGGUAUGUUCAUUAUAUUAGCAAUAGGUUAAGGAUAACUAUAUGUAUUAUUGUUGCAUCAGUAUUAGCUUGCUGUAUGUCUUUGUUUAUGUAUGUGUAUGGAAAACCAACCUUCUUUUUCUUGCUACAUUUAAGUGCAGAUGUUUGGUAGGCAGAACUAAUAUAUAUAUAUAUAUAUAUAUAUAUAUAUAUAUAUAUAUAUAUAUAUAUAUAUAUAUAUAUAUAUACAUAUAUAUAUAUUAUGAAUUUUUUUUUUUUAAAUAAUAUUUUGUUUGCUGACAUUCCUUUGUUGCCUUAGUUAUGCCCAUGAUACCUAUUGAAUGCCUCCAGUAUGCGUUAUUAUAAGAAAAUACUGCACAAACAUGGUCAGAAAUACAUUAAAUGAAUUGUACCUUUUUAUAAAACUGACAAGUUAUGAAAUAUAAUCUGAAACCCUAAACACUUAUUAUUACAAACUGUGUGAAGAUGUUGUUGAAGGUGAUAAUCACUCCGUAAUAAGUGUAUGUACAAUAUAAUCUUGUGUAUAAAUUUGCUUAUCAUGCUAGACUCCCCCCAAAAGUGAAUAUACAGUAUGGUUUCCGGGGUUAGCAGCCAAAUGGAUUUUCCAUUCUCAAAUGAGUUUUAAACAUGAUUUGGUUAAAAUAAAUAAUACACUGACCAGGCUUGUGUGUGUGGGGGUACUAUAAAGCUGUUAUUUUAUAUGGGGACCAUUUCUGUCUGCCAGCCUAUGUAUAACAAGGAUGGGAGCCAUUGGGAGCUUUAUUAUGUAAGAAUACAGAGGCAGCUUGUUCAUUCAGCAAGGGUAUAUAGAAAUCCAAACAGCAACUUCUAGUUGGGAACUAUAUAAAUUACUCAUUGGCUCUUCCUUUUGUUUUUCUGUGCAUUGAAAGUAAAUCAGACACAUUGGGCCAUAUGUACUAAGCCUUGGAGAGUGAUCAAUUUCACGGUGGUAAAGUACCAACCAACCAGCUCCUAACUGUCAUUUUUCAAACACAGCCUGUGACAUUACAGUUAGGAGCUGAUUAGCUGGUACUUUGUCACCAUGAAAUGUAUCACUUUUCAAGGCUUAGUACAUCUCAUUAACACCAUAAGAAGUAGCAAUUUUAUUGUACGCUGUUAGCAACUUAUUGCGGCUUUCUUAGUAAAUUGUUUGUUUUAUAUACCUAACACUGUGUGAUUGUAAAUAUCUAAGAUGUUACAUUUUAGAAGCCUUAAGUAAUAUACAGUAAUAGAAUAUAUAUAAGCAGAAUAUAUAUAUAUAUAUAUAUAUAAAAAAUUUCUAUCAGGGACUAUAGUAAAACUUAAUGCACAUUGGGGGUAAUUCCAAGUUGAUCGCAGCAGGAUAUUUUUUAGCAGUUGGUCAAAACCAUUUGCACUGCGGGCUGGGGGGCGGGGGGGGGCAGAUAUAACAUUUGCAGAGAGAGUUAGAUUUGGGUGGAUUAUUUUGUUUCUGUGCAGGGUAAAUACUGGCUGCUUUACUUUUACACUGCAAUUUAUAUUGCAGAUUGAACUCACCACACCCAAAUCUAUCUAUCUCUGCACAUGUUAUAUCUGCCCCCCCUGCAGUGCACAUGGUUUUGCCCAACUGCUAAAAAAAUUCGUGCUGCGAUCAACUUGGAAUUACCCCCAUUGUGUUUUAUACUUCAUUAUGUAAGAGAUUAUGGGGUCUAUUCAUGAAGCAGUGAAAAGUGUGGAGAAGUGACACAGUGGAGAAGUUGGCAACCAAUCAGCUGCUCCGUACAAUUGUGUAGUAUGCAAAUUAUUAAUGUUCCUUCAAUGCUGAUUGGUUGCCAUGGGCAACUUCUCCGCUGGUUCACUUCUCCACACUUUUCACUGCUUCAUGAAUAGACCAGUAUAUACCAAAGCUGUAUCUUGUUUUGUAAAGUUAUUGCAUAGUUUUCUGUUCUCCCCAUCUAGUGUUCUCGCAAGAUCACCGGAAGAUAUUAAUACAGACUUGGAUGGUCUCUUUCUGAUUAAAAAUAUGUAACUGGCAGCAGCUGAGUUGCUGACUGUUACACUUUUUAACUAACUUUUGCUACACAAAAAAAUGCUCAAAACUAUCCAGUUGAUGAAAAAAUCAAAAUAAAAAAAAGUAGAGUUGUGAUUGUUACAUUCCAAAGAGGAUACAAAUAUUCCCAGGCCUAUAUAAGCUAAUGAAAUAUUCAUGUAUAGAAAAAUAUAUUUGUAAGAAAUGCAUAUAUAAAAUAUAUUUAAUAAAAUAUGAAAUCACAAAA